UUGUGACUUUCUCUGAACGGGGCAGCGGGGGUUUGAAUGGAAUAAAGCGAGGGAAGAUGAACGAGCGGUGGUACCAUGAGGACAUCUCCCGGCCCAUGGCUGAGAAGCUGCUGGCCAAGGCUGCGCAGGACGGCAGCUUUCUGGUCCGACAGAGCGAGUCCAUCGGAGGCGCGUUCGCCCUGUGUGUGCUGCAUGAAAAAGCUAUCUACACUUACAGGAUUUUUAUAAAUGAGGACAAUUUGUUGUCUAUUCAGGCCUCAGCGGGGAUCAAGUCGAAGAAUUUUGAAAAGAUGCCUGACUUGAUUGAAUAUUACAAGCAGGAGAACAUGGGGCUGGUGACUCACCUGCGGUACCCUGUGGAGCGGGUAGAAGAGGUGGAGAGCCCAGAGAUGGAAGCAGCUACACAGCAGGGGCAAUUUACAGUGGCCAAUAAACCUAUCAGCCCUCACAUUGUCGGGCUGUGGGAGGAAACAAGAGCAUUCGCAGUAAACCCACAUGGUCGUGGCGAGAACCUGAAAACUCCACAAGGACAGCACCCAAGGUCAAGAUCGAACCCAGGUCUCUGGCGUUGUGAGGCAGUGGCUUUACCAACUGUGCCACCAUGCCUCCCACUGAAUUAUGGUGCUGCUGAUGUCGCUGAAUCCCCCACACAGACCAGGAGUGAUGUCAGCCAGUCCCUGAUCAAUAAGAUACUUGCACAGCGCCUUGAAGGAGUGGAUUCAGCAGCUUUGACACUGAUUCCAGCAGGAUUUCAUGAGGCUCUUCAUGACUAUGUUCAGCAGGGUGUGCUCAAGGAUGCUGAACAUGUAAACGGCACAUCCACAGAUUUGUGGCAACUCAGGCUCUUGCUCAGCGUACUCACCAAAGAUCUCAACAGUGAGCUAAUUCAGAUAAUGUCGCCACUUGAGGCAUCACAGAAACUGCUUGACAAUCAGCCGUUGCCUGGAGGAAGCAUGCAGAGCCAGAUCACCCCUGAAGCCAAUAUCAAAAAAUUGAUUUCAACGGCUGCAGAACUGAACAGAAUGCUCGUAUCCAUGGAAAACCAGGUGAAAGAUUAUGAGCCUGAGACUCCAGACACAGAUGUUGAAGAGCAGCACUUGCAAAUCUCGCCAGUGACUUUUGAGGUGAAAUCGGAAAGCUUUGGAAUACUCUUGAAACUCCAUUUGAAAGUGGAUGUAGAGCACGGGAAACUAAUCAUUAAGAAAUCAAAGGAAGGGCCAGAGGAUAAGUUUUAUAGUCACAACAAAAUUUUGCAGUUAAUCAAAUCACAGAAGUUCCACAACAAGUUGGUGAUCGUCAUUGAUUCAGAGAUAAAGAAGACACAACGGAAGGAGUAUGUCUUCACCGACUCCAAGAAGCGGGAAGGGUUCUGCCAACUUCUGCAACUGAUGAAGAAUAAACAUUCAGAUUUUCCAGAACCAGACAUGAUCAACAUCUUCAUCGGAACCUGGAACAUGGGUAACGCCUCUCCUCCUGCGGACAUACGAUCAUGGUUCCAAUGCCGAGGCCAGGGGAAAACUCGGGAUGACACAGCUGCCGACAUUCCCCAUGACAUUUAUAUUAUUGGCACUCAGGAGGAUACCCAGGGGGAGAAGGAGUGGGUGGAGCUGCUCAAAUCCACACUGAAGGACAUCACUUAUAUAAAGUUUAAACACAUUGCAACACAGACCUUAUGGAAUAUCCGGAUAGUUAUACUGGCAAAACCAGAACAUGAAAAUCGGAUCAGUCACAUUUCUACGAGCAGUGUCAAAACUGGAAUAGCCAACGCUCUUGGUAAUAAAGGGGCUGUGGGUGUGUCCUUCAUGUUUAAUGGUACAUCCUUUGGAUUUAUCAACAGUCACCUGACCUCCGGAGGUGGGAAGAAGCUAAGACGAAAUCAAAACUACAUCAAUAUCCUGCGUUUCGUUAACCUUGGAGACAAAAAUUUGAGUCCGUUUGACAUCACUAAUCGAUUCACACACCUCUUCUGGCUCGGAGACUUAAACUACAGAGUGGAACUUCCAGCACAGGAAGCUGAGAAUAUUGUGGAGAAAAUCAAGCAGCAGCAGUACCAGGAACUGUUGGCCAAGGACCAACUGACCAUCGAGAAGAACGACAAGAAGAUUUUCCUCCAGUUCCAGGAAGAGGAGAUCACUUUCCCUCCAACCUAUCGCUAUGAACGUGACAGCAGAGACACAUACAACUACAUCAAGCAGAAGGCCACGGGACUGAAGUAUAACCUGCCAUCCUGGUGUGAUCGGGUGCUGUGGAAAAGCUACCCCAAUGUUCAUGUUAUGUGCCAGUCAUAUGGGUGCACCACAGAUAUCGUCACCAGCGACCAUUCACCAGUGUUUGCAACCUUUGAGGUGGGCGUGUCGACUCAGUUCGUUUCUAAAACUGACCCCAACAAUGCUGACUCUGCAGCCACGAUCAAUUUUGUCAACUGUGAAGCCACAUUGAAAACUAAAUCCAAGACAAAGUUCUUCAUUGAAUUCCACUCCAGCUGCUUAGAAAAUCCAGUGAAGAGUGCCGAAGGUGAGAAUCAGGAGUCGAGGGAUGAAAACCUGACUGUCAUAUGGAAUACUCUCCCUGAGCUAAUGCCCAUUAUCUCUGACCCAGAGUAUUUAUUGGACCAACACAUCCUCAUCUGUGUCAAGUCUACCGACAGCUACGAAUCGUAUGGUGAGGGUUGCAUUGCUCUGCAAGCCAGUUCCAAUGAGAUAAUGUUCAACAUCCCCCUGGAGCACCGUGGAGAGGAGACGGGCAAGUUCAGCGGCGCGUAUAAGCUGACCAUUUCAGAGGGAAAACAGCGAGAGAAGACUUAUGAUUUUAUACAGUUGGAAAAAGAUGAGAUGACUUCAGUUAAACAAAGCAAAACAAAUACUUAUUCAGAAUCUCAAAAGACCGGGGAACGGUCAGCAAGGUUAGCCACAAGAACCUCCUCCAAUAUAGUAGCAGAAGAAGCAGCUGCCAAGGCCCGAGACCGAGUGCCGUUGCCAUGCCUACCAGACAUCACUUCCAAGGAUGAUGCCAAGCCCUCAAGCAGCAGCAUUCCUGAAAAUUCACGGAACAAAAACUCACCAAAAUGUCAAAAGAGGUCGGAGACCCCACCGUGUGAACAGAGAUCGAUGGUGAUGGUCAGUAAUCCCUUGUAUGAAACAUUUGAACAGAGGCAGAACACUGGCUUGAAGAAAGAACCAGGGUCACCCUGGGGCUUGAGGAAAGAGACCCCAGCAAAUGUGGAGAAGACCUCUGUCCCGUUCCAGCCCUCUGCCAAUAAAUUGACAAAGCCGAGCUGGCAGGUGCUUCCCCAGGCACCACCAAUCCGGAAUCGCUCCUACACUGUAUCGGCAAUGAAGAGCUCAGCCCAGGAGAAGCCACGCUCCAAACCAGCAGCUGCCGUGGUUGACCCUUCCAAGACAGGUGCCAACUUGCCGGGCACACGGCCCCCCUUACCCAACAGGCCCCCACUGCCGGCCAAGAGUCAAAAGGUGCUGGAGCAACAGAACACUCUGAAAGACUAUAGGGAAAGCACAGAGCUCACAACUCAAGCUAAGCAACGCAGCAACCAGGGUGUAGGACAACAGGCCAGUGUGUCGUGAUCAAGACCCCACUUGUGUUGCUUGUCGAGAAUUUUCAGAAAACUGAAGCGUUUCCUCUUUCCUGUUUGCUUUUACUCCCCUGACAAAUGUAAGCUACGGUUCUUUGAUUACCAGAAUUCUUUCAGUAAACUGAAUGCCUGAGAGGUAUGCGACUGAAUUCAGUGCUGACGCCAAGAAACCAGAAGUGAGGAUGGCCAGGCACCCCAUUAAAGUUUCAGAGUUAAAGGAGUUUUGACAACUGCCUGCUCAUCACUCCACCCUCAACAUGUACCUAUUUCGUUGACUAUGGGGAUUAAGCCAUGGAAUGCCUCACACAUUUCAAUUGGAUCCAACCUAAGUGCGUUGCAGCUUCAUCACUCGGCUUGCUCUGCUGAACCGCCAGCCGGAAGAUUAUGAGAACCACAUGUUUACGCUCAUAAUCACCACCUUUUGGCUCAGGCAACAACACUAUUAACUUGGAUCAUGAAGCCAGAAUAGUCGGCCAGUUUGGAAUGCAUUAAGAGGAGAAGAAAGAACUCGCUUUACUACAACACCCUCCACAAAUUUGGAACAUCUAGAAAUGCAGUUGCUAUAAUAAUGUAGGGGAUGUGGCACAUAACUGGUGCAUCACAGACUCUCACAGACAGCAAUUCUAUGUCUAGGGUGUUGUUUGGGGAAUAAAUAUGGUACAGAACAUUGUAAAUAACUCCACUUUUCUUCAAAUUAUUACCAGGAGACUUUUCAUUGUUACUAGAUGGACAUUCAGAACUUUGGUUUAACAUCUCAUCAGCUAUGACUGACAGUUCAGUGCUCCCUCAGUACUGCACAGCAGCACCAGCCUGCCAUACUGCUGAAGUGCAUUGAAAGGAGGCUUGAACCUCUGACCAACUGCAUGAGAGACAAGAACACUACCCACUGUGCCACAGCAAGAAGAGCCUCUUUGGUUGAGGCAAAGAAAGAUGACCAGCGCGAAAAAGAUUGUGAUCUGAUUGUGUGGGGAGCAGAAAGAAAUGGGAGAGCAGUUGGAUCUACGUGCCAAAAAAACCAUACAAUGACACUUGUCUGCCUUCAAGUUUUGUAAUUGGUCUACAAAUCACCCUGGAAGUUCCUUCCUGCAAGUUUGGACAUCAUGCAAUCUCCUUCAGGGGAGAUGCCCCUGUGUGAAACACCACAUGAGAUUUGUUGAGCCUCCUGUCCAUCCUGUCAUUGUUGACAAUGCCCCAUCCCUACCCCUUGUAACCUGACACGUGCCCACACUUUCCAGCAAGUGCUUCUCUCCCGCCAGUCCAUUCCCAGAGGUCCCACACUCAAGGGUGUUACCAGCUUCUGUUGCCGUUGUGGCAGGAACAGCUGAAUAUGGAAAGAAACAGUUUUACUUCUGCUGCAUCUUUCACUUUUCUGGGACAUCACUGAGGCCAUCUAUGGACUGCGAAGUAUUGGGCCCUGUGUCAUCUCAUGCUUAAGGAGGUGUGCCAAUGGCAGCCAGUGUCAGGUUCCUAGAUGGUUUUCAAUACUCUCAUUUUUUCAAUACAACAAUAUUUUUCAAAAUUUUGACAUGUUUGUGGAAUUUAACUCUUGGCUUCCAUUUGGUAUUGAAUGUACAAUGACAGCACCGUGAAAGACAGCAUGGAUGAAAUAAAAUACUGCAGAAUCAACCACUUCCAUUUUGUUAAUGGCCCCAUCUGAUGCUACUUCAUGUGAUCCAGACUAACGUGUUUCAGGACAAUGCUACCUUCUGGUGGGGCGGUAGGCAUUUUGUCUCAACUCAGUGCAUCCCCACGGACUGAAUUUAGCAAUGUUGAAGAGCAAAAAAUCCCACUCCUAACAGUUAUUGGGCUGGUGAUUUCCACUGCUUCACCGCACCAGACACAAGGGUUCAAUCCUGACCUCUGUCUGUGUGGAGCUUGCACAUUCUCCCUGUGACCGCGUGGAUUUCCUUCAGGUGCUCUGGUUUCCUCCCACAUC